AAUUGAAAGCUAAAUGUUGGCAAUCAAUGCAAUACAAAGUUUGUAAACAAACUUUAAAUUUCACAAAAAAUAAUUACAAAAAACGAUUAAAUUAAUUAAAAAUGAAGCUUUUAUUAAUAUUGAGUGUUCUUCAAUUAGCAUUUAUUGAAAUUAAUGCAAUUUAUUGCUACCGAUGCACGAGUACACAACCAGGAUGUGCUACACCAUUUAAUUGGCAUUGGCGCUUUUGGGGUGACCAUUGUCCUGCUGAUGAUGAUAUCUGUGUGAAAAUUAUUGAACGCAAAGAUGCAACUGAAGUGAUCACACGAGAAUGUUUAAGUACCAUUAAAAGUUUUCGUACCGAUAUACCUGCUGAUUUAUAUGAAGGAUGUCGUCCCGCUGCAAAGGAUGUUCGGCUUGCACAUUAUGUGAAUAAUACAAUAAAGGAGCUUGAUAUUCGACGUGAUCAUUAUGAUUCGACUACAUUCUGUUUUUGUUUUUUGGAUCAUCGAUGUAAUGAUGGAGUCACCAAUCAAGUUUCGAUCGUUACAAUGUCAAUUACGUUGUUUUUAUGCUUCGUGUAUUGGUUAUAAAAUUUGUGGUUUUUUUCUCAAAGUAAUUUGAACCUCUGAAUUUUUCACUGCCUUAAAACAGAGGUUUUGAUAUUAUAAGAAUUUUUUAACCCUUUGAGCGUCAAGUGAGUCAAUUGUUUCAUUUAAUAUCAAUAUUUUUUUCAUAAUUGGAUCAAUUUAGUAAGUUUUAUGGUAAAAUAUCUUCAACAUCAAUUUAAAUCACAAAAUCUCAGUUUUUGAGUUCAAAUUAGUAAAUGAUUUUUACCACAAUUCUAAUGAGAAUCAAAAAGAAUCAGGAAAUUUUUGUUAUAGUCGUGAAAUAGUCAUAUUUUUCGCAUAAUUAUGCUACUUCAUAAAUUACCAGGGAAUUUUUGUUAUAGCCGGUAGUAAUAGUCAGAUAGUUCCAUGAGACCAAUCAUCUUUUGAUAUUUUUAUUUGCGUCCACCUCAAAUGCUCAUGUAUUUAUAAAUACUUGGCACCCAAAGGGUUAAAAUGUGAUUCACUGUAAUUGUACAAAGCCUUAACAAUUGUAAAUCAAUUAAUUUAGUGCCUUUGAAUAUCAUUGUACGUUUAUAAAAUUAUCAACAAUUUUUUCUUAAACUUUGUGAAGCUAAUGUAGAUAAAACAAUGACAAAAUUUUGAAUCUCAAAUUUUUAUACAAUGAAGACAAUUUUAUUU